GCAUGAUCCGCCGAUGGGUGCAGCGGCGCGCGGCGGAGCGGCCGGACCGAUCGGUGCGCGUGGGACAACUGAAGGACCACCGGAUCAUGGCAGAAGUGUUGGGACGGCUUUGCUACUUCAUCUUCUCCCACUUGGCGGUGCCCUUGCUGAGGGCGCACUUCUACGCCACGGAAGCAGAGCCCGGUGGGAUGCAAACCAUCUACUUCAGGAAGAACGUCUGGCACUUCAUGCGCUCGCGGGCGGAUUGCGGCUUUUUGCAUCUGUGCUUGAGCCCCAACGAGACGACAUCGGCCUCCACGGCCUCGCUUGGGCGAAAGGGCUCUUUUGCGAACCGGCCCGUCCCACCGGGCCUCCGACGCCUGCGCGCCGCUGCGUCGUCGCGCGCGACUCCGCGCGUGCGCUGGGUGCCCAAGCGGCGGGGCUUUCGGCCGCUGCUGUCGGGCCUGGCGAAGAGCGAGGCGCGGAGGUGUCCCAAGCAGAAGUCGGUGUUGUCUGUCUUGGCCAGCUUGAGGAGCUCGGCAGUCGACGUCUUAGGGCACUCGAUCUUGGGGCAGCACGAGGUCUACCGAAAGUUGUUGGAUGCAUUGGUGGCCUUGAAGACCACCUGGACGCUUGGAGCCACGUCACGCCACGUGUUGGUACAGAAGAGGUCGUUUUCGGUGGCAAGAAGGACUGGGAAGGACGGGGCCGCGCCAGAGCUCUUUGUGGCCGUGGCUGACUUGCGCCACUGCUACGACCAGAUCAUGCAUGAGCCCUUGCUACGGCGCAUUCAGGAAGUACCUUUGCAGCCGAAGUAUUGGAUCGUCCCCGUCUCCUUGCAACGGCCUGGCGCGCUGCUUCCGCGCGCCUGGGACCUCGCCCUGCCGGAGGGGACGUCGCUGCAGGAGGUGGCCGCAUCACCUCAAUGCCCUCUGGCCUUGCAACGAGACGAGCUGCUGGUGGCACCACGCUGUGCUGCGCAGCGUGCGAGUGGCAUGCUGGAAGUGUCAAAGACGGAGGUGCUGCGGCUCCUCACGUCCGUCGUGCGCAGCUCGGAGGUCCAGCUGGACACGCAGCGAGAUCCGUCGGCGUCGUGCGCGCCGAAGUACCGCUUCACACGUGGAAUCCCACAGGGCAGUCACUUUUCGCCCUUCUUGUGUGCGCUUCACAUGAGUUCGGGCGACGCGCAGCUACCAGCAGAGGUGCUGGAGAGCUUGCGAUCUCACCGAAGUGCGUUGGUGCGUUUGGUGGACGACUUCCUCUUCAUCUCCACCGAUGCAGCCAGAUGCUGUGACUUCCUCUCCUGCCUGGCGCAGCCCGGCAAUCCCUACGGCGGCGACCUGAACCGCCGCAAGGUCGCGGCCAACUUCCGGCUCCUCGACCACCCCAACACCGACGGACGCCCGCGCUUCCGCGCAGCAGGUCCGAAGCGACGUCGAGUGGACGCCGCCCUCGCGACCCCGCGAUCGGUGGAAGUACCUUGGGCAGGUUUGACCCUUACCCCGGAGCAUGGCUUGAUCAACCUGCGCCAGAACACUCAGCGGCGCGUGUGCGACGCGCUGGCGGUGCGGAAGGUGAGGAAGGUGGCGGGCGGGCGCGAGGGUCUCGGCCGCGUGUGGGAAAACACGAUCCGAAGCAAGUUGCUGAUCUUCCUGAAGAUGAAGCUGACUCCGCUACUGCUGGAUCCGCGGCUGAACAGCGACGCCUGCGUGCAGAGCAGCCUCGCGCGCCUCACGCGCUGCAUCGCCUGGCGCUUCGCGUGGCUCUUGACGCAGGGCGCUCCACGACGCUUGCCGCACGUGACGCCGAGCUACGUAACGCGGCAAACGAAGCGCCUGGUGCGCUACGCCGCGCAGCGGGCAGAGGUGGUGCGAGACAGUGUCUCAGAUGCCCCCUCGGCGAAGCUCCACGCACGUUGGGUGGUGCUGGACGCCUUUCACCACGCCUGGCGCCCGCGCCGGCGCCGGACGCUCUUCCGCGGCGCCACGGACUUCCUGCGCCGCGCGCGCGGCGCGGAGCGGCGGCAGCGCGACCGUCCAGCGGUCGGGUGAAGGGCCGUGCCAGUAGGCCGUGAACUGUGCGAAGGAGUGCCACUCGACUCGUUGGUGUUCAGUGUUCUCCAUCACGACACGAAGGAAGUCGCGGAAAGGAUCUGAAGACUCUGACGGUGCACUCGACUCGUUGGUCCCCACUGGGCAGCUGCAGUGACCAGAACCGACAGCGGGAGCCCAACACAGACGGCCACACAGAAGCGGCCGGCAAGCUGCGAAAUGCCGUGGUGAACGAGUCGAACUGAGAAGGCUCAGGGGAGCCACUUCUGGCUUCCCCAACGCUAUGCGCGAGAAAGAACUGAGGCGAGUGAGUGAAGUGGAGUGAAAGUGAGGACUGUGUCCAGUGACUUUCCGUGACCCAUUUUGGAGGUCGAGUCGGCGGCAACGCCACAACCAGAAUCUCCCUCUUUUGGCCAUGGUGGCACAGCAUGGCGCCGGAAGAGCCGCGGGAGAUUCCGCGAGUGGACCUAAAACGUGCGCGCGUGCGCGUCGCGCCGCCUUAGCUCGAGCACGGCCGGAGCACCGGAGCACGACCGGAGCGGGACGUGGGACGUGGUAGGUGAAAAUGAUUGAAGAUAUGUGGUGUCGGAAAGAGGCGCGGGAUCGUUGAC